ACCUGCCCUCCCUCCUCACUAAUUUUUAACUUCAUAUACCAAAUUACAUUGUAAUUUAGCCCUUAAUCAAAUUUAAUCACAUAAAAAAAUAUAGAUGUCUCAUAUUUUUAAAUCUUAUUCCAUUUUAACCUUUUAAAAUGGAAAUUUACUUUGAUCUCCCAAUCCCCCCUUCCCUUCUUCCCUUCGCUUCGCUCUCCGUUUUCGGCCUCUCCUCCCUCCCAUUCCUGUCCCUUUAAUCAAUCCAUUAAUCCGUAUUAAUAGAAUACGUACAUUUAUUUUUAAAUUAAUUAAUUAUUAUGGAUUACCCCCAAUUCCUCUUCCUCCUCUCUCCUCCGCCACUCGGAUCCAUGGCCUCUCCCUCCUUUCUGGGAUCUCCCCCCAAUUAGGGUUUCGUUCUCCGGCGAUCCUUCUCCCGGGAUUGGCCCCUAGACGUGGUGUUAGGAUUAGGGUUUCGGAUUGGGAGGAAGAUAGGGAGCAAAAAGCGAGAUGUUGAACAAGAUCAUAAAGCGGGGGAGCCGCAAGGUGCCCAAAUCGGACGCGAAUGAACCCUACGGCGCCACCACCGCGGGGUAUCGCGGCGGUGCCGGAGGUGCCCAGGUGGUCUCCGCCUCCAACGUGACCGUCAACCACGCGUCCCGCACCACCCCGUCCUCCUCCGUCCCCGGCGGCGGCGCCAACUCGAACCCUCAGGUCUCCUCCGGCGCGGCCGCCGCCCCACAGAUCGAGGCGCUCCCCCUCUUCCGCGACGUCCCCGUCCCCGAGCGCCAGACCCUCUUCCUCCGCAAGCUCCAGAUCUGCGCCAUGGUAUUCGACUUCUCUGACACCCUUAAAUCCGCUCGCCAGAAGGAGGCCAAGCGUCAGACGCUCCUCGAGCUCAUCGACUUCAUCCAGUCCGGCUCCGGCCGCAUCACCGAGCCCGUCCAAGAGGAGCUCGUCCGCACGAUCAGCGUCAACAUCUUCCGUUGCCUCCCGCCGGCGUCCCACGAGAACACCGGCUCCGAGGGCGCCGACCCGGAGGAGGAGGACCCCUACCUCGACCCCGCCUGGCCCCACCUCCAGCUCGUCUACGAGCUCCUCCUCCGCUACGUCGUCUCCUCCGACACCGACACCAAGGUCGCCAAGCGCUACAUCGAUCACUCCUUCGUCCUCCGCCUUCUUGACCUCUUCGACUCCGAGGACCCCCGCGAGCGCGAGUACCUCAAGACCAUCCUCCACCGCGUCUACGGCAAGUUCAUGGUCCACCGCCCCUUCAUCCGCAAGGCCAUUAACAACAUCUUCUACCGCUUCAUCUUCGAGACCGAGCACCACAGCGGGAUCGCCGAGCUGCUCGAGAUUCUCGGCAGCAUCAUCAAUGGAUUCGCGCUGCCGAUGAAGGAGGAGCACAAGCUUUUCCUCGCCCGGGCUCUCCUUCCGCUCCACAAGCCGAAAUCGGUGGGCGUGUACCACCAGCAGCUCUCCUACUGCAUCACCCAGUUUGUGGAGAAGGACUAUAAGCUCGCGGACACGGUCAUCAGGGGCUUGUUGAAGUACUGGCCGGUCACCAACUGCCAAAAGGAGGUGCUUUUCCUCGGCGAAUUGGAGGAGGUUCUGGAGGCGACGCAGCCUGCAGAGUUCCAGCGAUGCAUGGUUCCUCUGUUCAAGCAAAUCGCCCGCUGCCUCAAUAGCUCUCAUUUCCAGGUUGCUGAACGGGCCCUGUUCCUCUGGAACAAUGAUCACAUUGUGAGCCUGAUUGCCCAAAACCGUAGCAUCAUCUUUCCCAUCAUUUUUGAAGCUCUUGAGAAGAACAUGCGGGGCCAUUGGAACCCGGCAGUUCAUGGCUUGACUGCAAAUGUCCGUAAGAUGUUCCUGGAGAUGGACAGCGAACUGUUUGAAGAGUGCCAACGACAAUACAUAGAGAAAGUGGAAAAGGCCAAAACAUUGGAAGAGCAAAGAGAGCUUGCAUGGAGAAGACUAGAAGCUGUUGUUGCAGCCAAGGCCCAGGAGAAGACAUGGUCAUAGUCAAUUAGCCAAAAAUUUGUGCCCUCCUACGUUUUUUUUAAUCUGUUUACCCUUGGUAUUGUAACCUAUAAUGUAUCAUUUGUGGAUAUGCCACAGAUUUUGAACGGGUUCCAAGAUUUUUUUCGGGCAUUUCAAAGAGAUGCGUAUUAUUUUCAAAGCUCGUUCGUCUUGUUUUUAUUGGUUUGCUUCAGCCACGACAAUCCAUAAACAGGCACUGCAUCUUUAUAUGUUCAA